CAAAACUUAUUAAAUACUUGCAGUAUAGUAUUGUGUGCAUACUUCUCAAAAUGGCAGUACUUGUUCCACUUGUUUGUGUAUGUUUGUUGUCAUUUGCUAAGGGUCAGAAUUUAGAACUCAGCAGUGAUGAAUUUCCUGAAGAUUUUCUAUUCGGCACAGCAACAUCGGCUUAUCAAACAGAAGGAGCCUGGAAUGUAAAUGGUAAAGGGGAAAAUAUUUGGGACUACCUUACUCAUAAUUACCCUGACCGAAUAGCGGACGGUAGUAACGCCGAUAUUUCAUGCGAUACUUACCAUCACGUUGAAGAUGACGUAGCCAUAUUAAGAGACUUGGGAGUAGAUUACUAUCGAUUUUCUAUAUCAUGGUCCCGACUACUUCCUAAUGGGUUUUCCCAUGAAAUUAACGAUGACGCUGUCCGUUAUUACAAUUUUCUCAUUGAUGCUCUCCUGAAUAAUGGCAUUACUCCGAUGGUUACCUUAUACCAUUGGGAUCUGCCGCAAAUUCUCCAAAAGUUGGGAGGAUGGUCUAACGUUAAUAUAGUUGACUAUUUUACGGAUUAUGCCAAUGUCGCUUUUGAAAAUUUUGGUGACAGGGUAAGAUACUGGAUCACGUUUAAUGAACCGGAUUUGUUUUGCGAAGCUUAUGGAGCACUCGAAUUUGCCCCGAUAGAAGUGAAAGCUGAUGGCAUUGGAGAUUAUCUUUGUUCGCAUCAUGUUCUUUUGGCGCAUGCAUCAGCCUACCAUCUUUACAAUGAAUCCUUUAAAACCACUCAAAGAGGUUCUCUUGGUAUCGCACUCAGCAGUAGAUGGUACUUGCCUAAUACCACGUCUGUAGAGGAUAUCGAGGCAGCCAACCGUUUUCUGCAAUUUAAGGUUGGUAGGUUCGCACAUCCAAUAUAUAUUGGCGAUUAUCCCGAAAUCGUGAAGAACUUGGUGGCCAUCAGAAGUCAGGAAGAAGGAUUUCCAUACUCAAGGCUGCCGGAAUUCACGCCAACAGAAAUAGAUUAUAUCAGAGGUUCAUCUGAUUUUUUUGGGCUAAAUUUUUACACUGCAGAACUGGCAGCUAAUGGGCCACAGAAUGUUCCUACAGCUCCAUCCUACAACAGGGAUCAUAAUGUUGUUAUAGAGCCUGAAAAUCCGUGGCAGGCAACACCAAUCAGUUGGUUAAAGGUAACUCCAUGGGGCUUUCAAGAAGUACUCAUUUGGCUAAAGAACGAGUACAGCAACCCUCUCAUAUUCGUUACCGAAAAUGGAGUUCCGGAUGCGGAAAAUUAUAACGAUGAAGAGCGAAUUUAUUACUUAAGGACUCAUUUAAGUGCCCUCUUGUCCGCAAUAGCCGAAGGGGUGAACGUUAAAAUGUACACUUUUUGGAGUUUAUUCGACAAUUUCGAAUGGGAUUUAGGAUACACCGUUAAGUUUGGCCUUUAUCAUGUCAACAUGUCUGAUCCUUCUCGAACAAGAGAACCAAAAGCUUCAGCACAAAUUUAUAAACAGAUUAUAAAUAAUAGGAGAUUAAUAAUUAAUGACAUUAGCGUUGAUAAUGGCGGACCAGAGUCGAUUUUGUGCAACAUAUGUCUAAUAGUAGGAGGCCUUUUAAUUGUGUUUCGAAAUUAUUUAAAUUAAAAUGGAAAUUAUAUGGUUAUACAUAUGUAUAUAA